AUGGCCCCUAAUCUCUUCGACAAGAUCCCGGCCAGCGACACCCAGCUAAGCGCGGCGCUACAGAAGGUUCGGACCCAGGCGGUCCCCCAUAACUCCGAUGGUGCCGACAAAUUGUGGAUUCUUGCCACCGACGGCACUCUGGAAUGGAAUCUCGACAACUAUAGUGGGAAAGCUCCCUUUUCCAGUGGCGGGAAGGGUGUUGGUGUGUACUACGGAACCUGCAUCACCAUCCUCAAGGACAGCGAGAUCGGAUUUUUCGACCUCACAGUUAAGGAGGACGGCGUCACUCUCAUCUUGAGGGAUAGCAACAACCAGAACGCAGUACUGACCUACCCGGGCUCUGGAGCUGAGGACGGCAUAGUCGGGUCUUACAAAGGCAAUUGGAAGAAGUCGGCCUAG